CGAAGUAAAACGGUCAGUUGCCACAAUAAACACAAAAACAGUUUAAUAAAAGAUGUAGGAAACAAAAAUGGAUAUCACUUACAAUAGUUUAUCUUUUAUUCGACUCCUAAAAUGACAAAACAGUACAACAGUACAACAAUAUAAACCCUCAAAAUGCAGAGCAAUUCCGAUCUAUAUUACUUUGAUUCACCAACAAAACCGCGCUUUUCAAAACGACAAUUCUCAAAAUACUAUAUUCUGAAUGAUUCUGAAUCUGAUUUAAACGCAAACGAUGUAAGUGAAGAAAGCUUUGAUGAUACAAAGCCACCAAACAAACCAAUUCAUAAGGAAGAUUUUGCUGAACGAUCGAUCCAUGAAAAGUUGUCAAAACCUGUUUUAAAAUCGGAUGAUAUAAUUAGGAAACAUGAAUCAAACGAAAAACCCAUACAGCGGAUGGACUGGGAGAACUACCAUCGUCUAAACGUGAUACAUAAUUUUAUGGACGAAUUGGAAUAUAGUAACCCAUCUAUAUGCACAGUGGGUUUAAUAGGAACCUCUCUCGAAGGAAGAGAUUUAAAGAUACUUAAGAUCUCGAACAGUGUCGCUAGUAAUGCCGCAGUAUGGAUGGAUGCUGGAAUACAUGCCAGGGAGUGGAUAGCCCCUGCAGUAAACACAUACAUCGCCAAUCAUAUCGCUAAAAACUUUAAUACAUUGCCAGCAUAUCUUACCAAUAAAGACUGGUACUUUCUUCCAGUGGUCAAUCCUGAUGGUUAUGAAUAUUCGCACACAGUUAAUCGGAUGUGGAGAAAAAAUAGAGCCUGGCAUGGGGGUCAAUGCUUGGGUGUCGAUUUGAACAGAAACUUUAGUUACGGCUGGGGUGGAAGCGGUUCUUCGGAAAAUCCAACACAUGCUUUUUAUCGCGGACCAGAGCCUUUCUCGGAGCCAGAGUCAUCAGCUAUGAGGGAUUUUCUUUCGAAUAGUGGUAUUUCUUUCAAAGUCUACAUAACAUUACAUAGUUAUGGGCAAAUUAUUCUGUUUCCUUUUGCGUAUAGAGAUGAGCUGUGCCCGGACUAUGUUAGAUUACUUGAGGGGGCUGCCGUAAUGUCUAAGACGAUUUACGAAACCAGUGGGAACACCUACAAAGUCGGUAUAUCAAGGGAUGUUAUGUACGGUGCGGCUGGUACUAGUAAUGAUUGGAGCUACGGAGCAGCUGGAAUCCCUUACUGCUAUCUCAUAGAGCUGCGAAGCAAGAAACAUAAAUUCAAACUACCGAAAGAAGAGAUACAGGAGACGGGAAAAGAAAUCCUGAAUUGUGUGAUGGCGUUGAUGGAGUUUAUUGAUGAGAAGGAACGGGUGAAGCAUCAAAGAGAUGGUCCUUACUUAUUUAUAAAGAAUAAACUAAACCUGUCAUUGUCAAAUUAUAGUCCGAACAAACAACAAAACAUUUUCAAAAUUGCAAGUAUACUGAAAUCAAAUUCCAUAAAAAGAGACAUAAGCCAUAAAACAGUUUUAACAAACAUCACAGUGGCACCACUCAACUCCAAGACCCAAGUCUGGGAAAUAAGAUUUACGAAUGAGGGACAAAGAUUGUUUAUGAAAACAUUAGACACAGCAGGAGCAAUUAAUAUUUGGAAAGAAGAGCAUAGCACCAUGGAUGUGAUGGUGGAAGGGCCCCGAGCGUCUCAAGUCGCUGGCAUGUUGCAUGAAAGGGAGAUUCCAUAUGCAAUCGCUGUAGGAGAUGUGAAUGUACUAUUGGAAAGAGAGCAGGGUACAGUUCUGAAUAAAUUGAGACGCCAGUCUAGUGCAAGUCGUAAUAUGGAUUGGCAUACAUUCCACCGAUUAGAUGUUAUCUACGAGUUUAUGGAAAAUUUGGCCAAGGAAUACCCUUAUUUGUGUACCGUGAUGAUCAUUGGAAAAUCAGUUGAAGGAAGGGAUUUAAAGUUACUGAAGAUAUCAAAUGGAGACUCCUCAAAUCCAGGUGUAUGGCUGGAUGGUUCCAUACAUCCUCGUGAAUGGAUCAGUGCAGCUGUCGUGACAUACAUCGCUAAUCAGCUGGUUCGCAACUUCCAAAUUCAGUCUGAGAGCGUUAGGAAUAAAGACUGGUAUAUUCUUCCAGUGAUGAAUCCAGAUGGCUACGAAUACACACACACAUACGACCGCAUGUGGAGAAAAAAUAGAGCGCGGUAUGGUGAAUGUGUUGGUGUCGAUCUUAAUCGAAACUUUAGUUAUGGUUGGGGCGAAAAAGGUGAGGAAGGAUCUUCAGACGACCCCGGAAAUAUCUUCUUUCGAGGGUCAAAGGCAUUUUCUGAACCGGAAACCAGUGCUGUAAAGCGGCUGAUCGUGGAAUCUCCGACCACCUUUAAGGUGUUCCUCUCGUUCCAUAGCUAUGGAGAAGUCAUAAUUUUCCCCUGGGGCUACAUUGGCGAUCCUUGUCCAGACUAUAUUGAGCUUCUCGAAGGAGGUACCGCAAUGGCUAAGGCUAUUUUCGAAACCAGUGGCCACACUUACAAAGUAGGAAGUACAAAGGACUUAAUGUACUAUGCAGCUGGUAACAGCAUUGACUGGAGCUAUGGAGUAGCCAACAUACCAUACUCAUAUAUGGUGGAGCUAAGAGGGAAACAAUACAGAUUCUUAUUACCGCGAGAAGAAAUUAUACCAACAGCCCGAGAAGCGAUGAGCGGCGUAUUACGACUCAUGGAUUUUGUCGAUAAAAGGACUAAAAGUGUACAAUCUUGCGUAUGUUCUAAAUAGUACGUUGCUGUGAUAUUUAAAAGAAUAUAAAUAUAAUUAACAUAAUUUACCUAUUAAACUGUACUUGUACUUUUUAUAAAUAGUCGUUGUAUACAAACUCGUGUCCUCCUUUUUACUUAAAUAAAUUUUUG